GAUUAUUAUCUCACGUUGUUCCAGCUGUUUUAUCGACAAUAUCACCAAUUGAUCCGGCUUUUGGAUUAAAUUCUAAAAUGGUUGGAUGUGGUAGAUCAAGGAUUAAUAACGUUUCGCCGAGUCUUAAAGUGGGAAUCGUGAAACUUAUGUCACGACAAGAAUGUUCUUCUCAUUUAUCUGACUUGCUCAGGCGUCGUUAUAGCAUUUCAAUUGGAUUAAUGUGCUCUCGAAAUAACCCAUACGUAGUAAUGGAGCCGGGAGACAGUGGUGGUCCAUUAUUCUUUCAAGGUUCUCUUAUAGGACUUAAUGUAGGACUAUAUCCACGGCCAAACGAGGCAAAUACCGAAAAUAAAGUUAACGCUCACAUAGCGACGAAUAAGUAUUCGGUUUUUAUUGAUCUGCACAAGGCUUUAGAAUAAUGUAUAUUUUUCAUAAAUGUAACAUCUUCUUUAAAUUAAUUAGCAAUAACUCAUGAUAGUGAUGUCUUGAG